CGCCCAGAUUAAACCCAGAUUCUCUCCUGACGAUGGUCUGAUCUCAGUGUGAACUCUCUGAUACACUGUCUCCGAUCUGCUGUCCCUGCGUCUAGAUUUCGUUCUUCGCGCACAGGUCUCCAGUGAGGUGCACUCACCCUGCUCUAGGUGGACUGUCUGUUGGCCAUGAUGCGAGCUACUGCAGGAACCUCUCAGACAAACAUACCCCUUCUCGAAAUUACCCACCUACUGUUUAAUCUCCGCUUGCAAGGACCGUCUGCCUGUCGUUGACUAUUAUUUUUGGGGCACGUGUGCACAACUUCAGGGUGAACCCUUGCACCCCUGUUCGUUAUCAUUGAUCGCAACCAAAUCCUCCACGCUGCGCGACUAUAUGAGAAAUCUAGGUCUCAAAUUGAGACAUUAUACUGUUCCGAAAUGCCUGGGUUACCAGCUAGUAUCGACCUCGACGAGUGCAUUGAGAGACUCUACCGCAAAGAGUUGCUGGCAGACUCGGUUAUUGAAGCAAUAUGCGCCAAAGCGAAGGAGCUGUUGAUGAAGGAAAGCAAUGUGGUUCACAUUGCAGCUCCAGUCACGGUGGUCGGAGAUAUCCACGGCCAAUUCUUCGACAUGAUCGAGAUAUUCAAGAUCGGCGGCUUUUGUCCGAACACGAAUUACUUGUUUCUGGGCGACUACGUGGAUCGUGGAUUGUUCAGCGUGGAGACGAUCUCCCUUCUCGUUUGCUUGAAACUACGAUACCCCCAGCGCGUUCAUCUCAUCCGCGGAAAUCACGAGUCGCGCGGUGUGACACAGUCAUACGGAUUCUACACAGAGUGCGCGCGAAAGUACGGCAAUGCCAAUGUGUGGCAUUACUUUACCGAUAUGUUCGAUUUCCUGACCCUAAGUGUGGUCAUCAAUGACCAGAUCUUCUGUGUGCAUGGCGGACUUUCCCCGUCCAUUCAUUCCAUCGAUCAAAUUAAGAUAAUUGAUCGGUUCCGCGAAAUCCCGCACGAGGGUCCCAUGGCCGACCUGGUUUGGUCGGAUCCCGAUACCGAGCGGGAUGAAUUCUCCCUGUCGCCCCGUGGAGCAGGCUACACUUUCGGAGCGCAGGUGGUUCGCAAAUUCCUCGAGGUCAAUAGCAUGUCGCAUAUCCUCCGAGCCCACCAGCUAUGCCAAGAAGGAUACCAGGUUCUCUAUGAUGACCGGCUCAGUACGGUCUGGAGUGCGCCGAACUACUGCUACCGGUGUGGCAAUCUGGCUAGUGUUCUGGAGGUGAGCGACACGGGCGAGCGGUAUUUCAACAUCUUCGACGCCGCGCCGGAGAAUGACAUCCAUCGUGGCGAACAACAGGCGCAGCAGAACAAGGACGGCCAAAGCCCUGUGAUUGACUACUUUCUGUGAUACCCUUGUUUUUUUGUCUCUUGCUUUUUCUUCCUUUUCUUGUCUUGUUACCCCUUCUUCAUAUCAUUUGAGGAUUUGCCUUUGGGAGUUUGGUAAAUAUCACCGCAUUUAUAGACAGCAUCCAGGUGCGAGGUCUGAUUUCAG